AUGGUGACCCCUGAUUCUGAUGUGAGGAUUGUGCUUCUGGGUAAAACUGGAUCAGGAAAGAGUUCAACAGGAAACACCAUUCUUAGACGUCUGGCAUUUAAAGUGGAGUCCUCCCAUGAAUCUGUCACCAAGAAAAGUGAGAGAUUUAGCAGCAAUGUUGGGGAACGAAAAGUCUGUGUGAUUGACACUCCAGGCCAUUUUGAUACAAGGAAAUCUGAAAAAGAAAUGAAAGCUGAGUUGGAAAACGCCCUGGAACUUGCUUUUCCUGGUCCUCAUGUGUUCCUGCUGGUGUUCAGACUGGAUAUAAAGUUCACAGACGAAGAGAAGAAGACUGUGGAGUGGUUUGAGGAGAACUUUGGACAGAAUGUCAGAAAAUACACAAUUGCGCUGUUCACUCAUGGAAGCGUGUUGAAACAAAAUGAGAAAACAAUAGACAAAUACCUGAAAAGAGGUUCAGACUUGAAAAUACUAGCUGAUUCUAUGGCUGAAUGUCAUGUUUUUGAAAAUGAAGAUGAUGAUGAGGACCAAGUCACAGAGCUGCUAGAAAAGAUAGAUGAAUUGAAGAAAAGGAAUGACAGCCAAAUGUAUACCAAAGACAUGUAUGAACGAGCUCAGAAAGAGUUACAGAAAAAGAAAUCUGCUGGAAUAGGUAGAGUUGCAGGAGUGACAGCAGUUGCAGGAGGAGGGACAGCAGCAGCAAUCUUGGUAGGAUUUGAAUUGGCAAAAGUAAAAGCAGAAGUGGCUGGGGCUGCAGCAGGUGCAAUAGCUUUAGCAGCGGGAGCACUGGCAGCAGCAUGGUACUUAAGGAAGCAGUCUGCAGAGGAAAAGAAAGGAAAUUAAAUAAAGUA